GCGGAAGCGGCGCCGGCCAGCGGGGAAGCCUCUCUCUGGGAAGGGACGGGCAUUUCAGGCAGGCCGCUCGGCGGCGAUGUCCCCGCAGUAGCUCUCUUGCCUUAGUCCCCACGCUUGGGGGGCAGGGGAGGGGCAAUCCGGCCCGAGCGCUUGAGAUGCCCGACGCUGGGCGGGCGCUGCUGGCAUGGCCUCCUUCGCGGCUCCCGAGCAGCAGGACGGCGACAGCGGGGAGCUGGACCGCUCCCUUCAGCAGAUGCUGCGGGCCAUAGUGGAGGAGAGGACCCGCGUUAGCCUCCGCCACGAGAUCAGUGGGCUCGGGUUUUUCAAAGAUGACCGCAUCGUAUUCUGGACAUGGAUGUUUUCCACCUACUUUAUGGAGAAAUGGGCCCCGAGGCAAGAUGAUAUGCUCUUUUAUGUUCGCAGGAGGCUGGCCUACGUUGGCGGAGAUGGCGUAGAAGAAAAGAAGCAGGUUGAAGUUGAAGUGUACCGCAGAGAUUCCAAGAAGCUUCCAGGUUUGGGAGAUCCCGAUAUUGAUUGGGAGGAGAGCGUGUACCUGAACCUUAUACUGCAGAAGCUGGAUUAUAUAGUGACGUGUGCGGUAUGUACUCGUUCCGAUGGAGGGGAUAUUCACAUCCAUAAAAAGAAGUCCCAGCAAGUCUUCGCAUCUCCAAGUAAACACCCCAUGGACAGCAAGGGCGAGGAAUCGAAGAUUAGCUAUCCAAACAUAUUUUUUAUGAUUGACAACUUUGAAGAGGUAGGUCCUUUCUCAGAUUGGCUCCCUCGUGUAGAAGAAUGUGGAAGUUUUGGGAGUGUGU